AUGGAACUGGAAGAACACCUUCAAGAAGAUGAAAGAACUUGUUCUUCUUCUUCAAUCGACAAUCUACCUAACGAAAUCCUCGUGGAUAUCCUUUCUCAUCUUCCGAUCAAAUCUCUCAUUAACUGCAAAUGCGUCUGCAAAUCAUUUCUCUCCAUAAUCUCUCAAGAUCCCGAAUUUCGCUUCUUACACCUCUCCAAACCCGCCUCUCCCGAGCUCAUAGUAUGCACUCCCCGCACGGACAAGAUGAUUCUCGUCGAUUCCAUCGCCAAUCGAGCCCACGAGCUCGACCUCGUGUUCAACGAACCGUUCGCUAUGACGGUCUUGAACUCCACCCGCGGCCUGCUAUGCCUUCAACCGUAUUGUUACUCGGGACCCCAUUGCGUCUUCAAUCCCUUUACUCUGGAAUUUACCCUCAUCCCUGAUUCCGUCAAAGGGAUAAAAGAGUACUCUGUUCUGUCUUACGGAUUCGGGUACUGUCCAAUUUCCGAUAAAUACAAGGUGCUGAAGAUAAUAAAGCUCUGGAAUCUAAAUGGUAAUAACCCACCUCUUCUUACUACUGAGAUUUACACACUGGGAACCCCUAGUUGGAGGAGAGUUGAAGAUGCUCCAAUGGUCGUGUACAAUGACUACGUUCCUACUUUCCUGAAUGGAUCUUUGCAUUGGAUGAUAAACGAGGUUGGAAUAACUAUAUACAAUUCUUAUGGUUACAUGAUUUCAUUCGAUCUCAAUAAUGAGAAAUACGGACAAGUAGCUCUGCCUCCUCCUCUUGACAUCGGGAGAGAUAGAAAACACAUGAAAAUGGUUACCCUGGGAGUGUUUGAAGGCUGGUUGAGUGUAUUUGUGCUCAAUUCAAAUAAAAGAUUAGAUGUUUGGGCCAUGAAGGAGUACGGUGUUCGUGAAUCGUGGGUGAGGGAGAUUGUUGUGGAUACGUCGCUCUUUUUCUUGUCUCACCGUUCAUUUCCGGUGAAUUAUGUUAAUGACGGGGAAGAUGUGUUGUUUUUUAAUGCUGAUUAUGGUAUCUUUACAUAUAAACUCUUUGAGAGGAAGAUUGUGAAUUGUAUUAAGUUUACUGGGUGGAGGCCUAAUGAUGAUUAUGAAGCAAAAGCAUUGAUUCAUGUUCCUAUCUUGCUGUCUCUCAACGAACUAGUCGUCGGAGCCCAGGUCCAUCGCCUAACUGGAAGGUAA